AUGGCAAGCGAGCUCAUCAGGUUCAAGCGUGGGGCCAUGACCGUAUUGCCGUUGUACGGGAAUCUGUCACCGGAACGCCAGAGGGAAGUCUUUGCAUCCACAUCUGGACGGAAGUGGGUGGCUGCUACCAACAUUGCAGAGACAAGUCUCACGAUAGACGGUAUCGUCUACGUCAUUGAUUGUGGCCUUGCAAAUGACAUGAUGUUCAGUCCUCAGCUCCGCGCCAAUGUGCUUCAACGUACAGCGAUCAGUCAAGCCAGCGCGAACCAACGAAAGGGCAGGGCUGGCCGCACUCGCCCCGGCGUUUGCUAUCGUCUGUAUACGCAAGACAUGUUCACAAGUCUCCAGCCAAGCACUGUGCCAGCCAUAUUGCGCGCGGACAUGAGAACCGCCAUCCUCCAGGUUCAAACAUGUGGGUUUCACGAUGUUUGGUCUUUUGAUUGGCUUGACAAACCUGCCCCAGAAGCUCUACUACGUGCCAUCAGUGAUCUCAAAUGGAUGGGUUUCCUAGACAAGAAUGCCAAGAUCACAGGGCAAGGCAAACAGGCUGCAAAAUGUCCCGUUGACCCGGCUUGGUUCUAUACAAUUCUCCAGGGCAUGAAGUUCGGAUGUGCUCAGGAGACGAUCUCACUGGCCGCUCUCUCGAGUACACAAGGCUCAAUUUUUCUUCGUCCGCACAGUCAUCGAUACGCUGCCGACUUGAUCGGACGUCCCAACUUUGGUCACCCAGUUUCCGACCACCUUGCCCUUCUUAACGCCUACCAUGCAUGGUGCCGAGUGGAUAACGCCCACGAGAAUCAUGUCACGGCAAUCUGGAGUGAGAGACAUGGUCUUUCCAACAAGACUCUUCGUGAAGCUGCCAAGAUUCAUGAGCAGUUAGGUGGAAACCUUCAGUACCUCCUACAAGGAAAGUUUCCGGCAGCCAAGUUUGACGACCCUGAGUAUGCCACCAAUAUUCGCAAGGCAUUGGCUGCAGGACUAUUCCUCAACUCAGCUAUCAGAGUCAAAGGCGAAGAUACUUACAAGACUGCUCAAAGACACAAUGGCCUGAUUUCGCCCGAGAGCGCCCUAGUAGGAGGGCAACAUGAGUUGGUGGUUUGUUCGACACUCGCCAUGUCGAAUAGACUAUACCUUGUCACCUGCACUCGCAUUGAACCAGAGUGGAUCGCGGAUAUGCCAUACUUUGCUGAAGAGAACGUACUGAAAGAUGCACAUGGUCAGCCAAAAGUGGCCAUCAUGCAAGAAUCGCUUGCCAGAGCCAGAGGAAGGAUUGAAGCGGAGAAGAGACGCGAUGUAGGGGCUGAGAAACCGCAGUAA